CAGGCGCCAGGGUUCGUUAACCUCAGAGGGGAAGCGACGGACUGCCCGCCGCUCGCGCUGCCGCCGCACACCGCUCCCCCCUCACCGGCGGCUCAGCGGGAGCGCAGCGGAGCGCAUUCGGUGUUGACGCGCGUCGGAGAAUUCCCGUCGCCCCCCUCCUAUCUCCCUCCCACCCCCCCAUCCCCGGCCCACCCCCCUCCUUUUUCCACUUCUUCUCUUUUUUUUUUUUGGUUACAAUGGAUACCUACAGGGUUGGAGCCUGGGUGUUUCUGGUGCUGUUGUGGCAGGACGGCUAUUUGGCAUCGGAGUUCCCGACAGAGCUCAUGAUUAAAGUGUGGGUUGAACAGAUGCAGAAAGAGCUUGUGACCCUGGCAGACUCGGCGACAGCUGGACAAAGCCUCACUCAGAUUUUUCUAAAAAACCAACACCUGUACACUGUGGAGCAAAAUGACGCAAAGGAGCUCGUGGCAAGAGCCGCCCGGAAAAUUGAACAGCUGCUGCGGAAGAGGUCUGCUGCCUUGGAGAAACUGGCCACAGCUGCCGAGAAGCUUCAGAUGGAGCAUAUGUGGAAAGACGACUUUGAGGGUGAUGAAAUCUCCUACUACAACGCAAAGGACAAUCUGGAUGCAAAUGAGACAGAGGGAAGAAAAUAUAGGAUCCGGCCAGACUUUAAAGAGGACCCAUCCUUUAAACGUCUGACUGACUACAACCAUACGGCUGUCCACAUCCCCACUGACAUCUAUGAUGGCUCCACCAUUGUGCUGAAUGAACUGGAGUGGUCGGAGGCAUUAGAGGAAGUGUUUAGAAAGAACAGAAAGGAUGACCCGACUCUCCUCUGGCAGGUGUAUGGCAGCGCUACAGGGCUGGCUCGCUACUAUCCAGCUUCUCCCUGGAUGGAUUCUCGCAAGACCCUGAGUAAAAUUGACCUGUAUGAUGUCCGCAGGAGGCCAUGGUACAUUCAAGGAGCCGCCUCACCUAAAGAUAUGCUAAUCCUCGUGGACGCAAGCGGGAGUGUGUCUGGCUUGACUCUCAAGCUGAUCAGGACCUCCGUCAGCGAGAUGCUGGAGACUCUGUCUGAUGACGACUACGUCAAUGUAGUUUAUUUUAACACCAGGGUGAAGAAAACAGCGUGUUUCGAACAUCUGGUCCAAGCCAACGUAAGGAACAAGAAACUGCUGAAGGAUGCCGUUCAGAACAUCACAGCUAAAGGGAUUACCAACUACACAAAGGGUUUUGAGUUUGCUUUUGAGCAGCUCUCUACGACUAAUGUGAGUAGAGCAAACUGCAACAAGAUUAUUAUGCUGUUUACUGACGGAGGAGAAGAAAGAGCUCAGGCCAUACUAGAGAAGUACAACGCUGAGAAAAAGGUGAGGAUCUUCACCUUCUCAGUAGGACAGCACAACUAUGAUAAAGGACCCAUUCAGUGGAUGGCCUGCUCCAACAAAGGUUACUUCUAUGAGAUUCCUUCCAUCGGGGCCAUCAGAAUAAACACACAGGAGUACCUAGAUGUCCUGGGAAGGCCGAUGGUUUUGGCAGACAAGCAGGCCAAACAAGUCCAGUGGACUAACGUAUACCUUGAUGCUCUGGAACUGGGUCUGGUUAUCACUGGAACAUUACCUGUCUUCAAUAAGACAAAGACCAUAGAUGACAGGAAUGGCGAGCACCAGAAUCAAUUGAUUCUUGGCGUAAUGGGAAUUGACGUGUCUCUGAAUGACAUCAAGAAGCUCACUCCACGCUUCACAAUUGGUCCAAAUGGGUACUAUUUUGCCAUUGAUCCCAAUGGAUAUGUCCUGCUUCACCCCAAUCUUCUGCCAAAGAAUCCUAAAUUCCAGGAACCUGUUACCCUCGACUUCCUCGAUGCAGAGCUGGAGAAUGACCUCAAAGUGGAGACCAGGAGAAUGAUGAUUGACGGGGAGACGGGCGAACGGACCAUCGACACACUGGUUAAAACUCAGGAUGAGCGGUACAUAGAUCGGGGCGUCAGAACCUACACGUUCGCUCCGGUCAAUGGGACAGAUUACAGCCUGGCUCUGGCUCUACCGAGAUACAGUGAGCACUUCAUUCAAGCCAAACUGGGAGACGACUUAAAAAACGCUAUAUCUUCUUCUUGGGGCCAAGAAGCCAUGCAAACCAUACAACAGGAGAGGUUUGAUGAGUUUGGUUACACCUACGUUGCUCCGAGGGAGUACUGCAAGGAGCUGAAGUUGUCACUCAACAACACAGAGUUUCUCCUCGACUUCAGUCAGUACAUUGACAACAGCACUCCAGAUGCAUGUAAUAUGUCCCUGGUGAAUCGACUAAUACUGGAUGCAGGUCUCACAGCUGAACUGGUUAAACUUUGGAACGAGCAGACAGUGGAAGGAAUAGUGGCCAGAUUUGUAGCCACGGAUGGAGGAAUAACAAGAGUCUACCCGAGAAGUGCUGGGGAAGAGUGGACUGAGAAUCCUGAGACAUAUGAGUCCAGCUUCUACAAAAGGACCCUGGACAAUAAAAUCUACAUUUUCACGGCGCCAUCUUUCAACUCAGAGGGCAGGGAGUCGGUCACUGAGUCGGGAAUUCUAGUCAGCAAAGCAGUGGAACUCACAAUCGACAAAGUCACGAUCAAACCAGCUGUAGUGGGAGUGAAACUCAACGUCUCCUUCUGGAUGAGCAUUUUUAUGAACGCUACACUGAAGCUGAAUUGUAAAGAUGAGAUUUGUGGCUGUCUGAGGAAUGACAAGCAUGUAGACUGUGUCAUCUUGGAUGAUGGGGGAUUUCUUCUCAUGUCAAACCACGAUGAGUACAUCGCACUGAUAGGUCAGUUCUUUGGCGAGGUGGAUCCUGUGCUGAUGAUCAACCUUGUGAACACCUCCCUGUACUCGUUCAACAAGACCUACGACUACCAGUCCAUCUGUGACCCGGAGAAAGACGGCAAGGCUGCAGCGGGACCCCGCUCCGUCUAUGUGCCCACCAUUGCCGACAUGCUCAGUAUUGGCUGGUGGGCCUCCAGUGCUGCCUGGUCUCUGCUCCAGCAGCUCUUCUUUGGUCUCAUGUUCCCCAACCUUCUGGAGGCAGCGGAGUCAGCGGAAGAUGACAUACCAGAUGCCAUGUUUAAGGAAAGCUGCAUCACAGAGCAGACACAGUACUUCUUUGACAAUAAUGAAACGACCUACUCAGGCGUCCUCGACUGUGGAAACUGUUCCAGGAUGUAUCGUGCUGAGAAGCUGCCAAAGACCAACCUAGUGUUCCUGAUCACCGACGCCAAGGCAACGUGUCUGUCGUGUGACCCCAGGCCACUGCGCCAGGCGGAACAACCCUCUGAAGGUCCAGAUCCAUGUGAGCUUGCUCAAAAUCCCAGAUACCGCAAAGGGCCGGAUGUGUGCUUCGACAACAAUGAAGAUGAAGAUGAUUCUGACUGCGGCGGAGGGACCAGCCUAAGCAUGUGUCUUUGGCCGAUGCUUGGACUCCAACUACUGCUGUGGGUCAUCACAGCUUCACAAACCUCAUGACCCCUACACACACACACACACACAGACACACACACACACACACACACACACUGAUCAUCUCAUCCCAUAAGAGGCCAGAACACUCCAGCUAUGCCAUCCACGAUGUAUGCAAAAUAUUUGCAAAAAGUCAUUUUAUUUUCUGAUGCCAGUAUUAGCAUCUUCAUCGUCCAAUGCCGAAGAGUAAGGAUUUCUUUCCUCCUGGUCAUUUUCAAGAACAGAGACAAGUUUUCUGUGCUCAGCUGCACUCUUUUCCCUGAAAUACUCCUUAAAACCCACCUAUGGUGCAAGAGUAAGAGCUAACCAAACCCUUUAAUUCUGCCUCAUUUGUUUCUCUGAUUUAUUUAGCAGAGGUCGAGUCCCACUAUGCCAACUAAACAUCCUUCUUCACUGACAGCGUUGAUUUGUCCAGUUGUCGAUAUUGUUUUUUGCUUAAUAUACGUAUGAAUCAUAAUGCUGCGAUGAAUUAUUAUUUUGUCAACCAGUGCAUCUACAAAGAGUAUCCCUUUGGUGUUUUUUAAAUGUACUGUACUGUAUUUAUCUAAUUAUUUUGUACUACAAACCAACUAGUGUUUUGGGACUAGUGCCCCGUUGUACUGUAGCAGCAUGUGUUCAGUACAGAGCUAAAGAAGACACCAGGACUCUGACACCAAAGCUCCACACAGAACCAAGGACCGCGAAUACACACUCCAGUUCAAGCUACAACGUUGGCUGUUUUAAAUAGAUUGACAUAGUAAAACGUUUGCCGAAAAGUAAGUGGGAUCAUGUGGAUUAAUAUUGUUGUGUCUGUACUCGGUCCGACAGCUUUGGUUGUCUUCAAUCUGAUGCAUCAGAUCCCCAGUGCCUGCACAGUAGCUCAAACAGUCGGAUAACUGAAUCACAACAGUUUUAUUGUUACCGCGUAAGCUUGUUUGAUACGGUUUGCUUCAGUGUAACAAAGAAGGUAGCCUUUGCAGUAAUACGUUAUGAGAUGAGGGCCAAAUCUGCUGCAAUUGUUUUAACUCAUGUGGCCCCGGCAGCAGUAGAAACAACCAGUAUUUGGGAUUAUGGGAUAAUAGUGUUUAUCUCGUGGUCAAAACAAACCUAAACCAAACUUGAGCUUUGUAUUCCAACACCACUCUUUAUUGGUCCUGUUUCUGUUUCUGGAUCACCAGUCUCAGGAGCGAGGACGACUUGUGAACGAGAUCAUCAUAUCGAAAUCACUGUUUCAUUGUUAUCAUCUCCUUGCUGUUCUCCUUAUACUCGUUUCUUCUUCGUUUUGCUCUAUAAGUGCUGUAAAGCAGACGCUGAAGGCUCGGUGUCGUAAAGCUGUCAUGGGAUGAGCUUGUUCUGUGUUUGAGCGCUACGAUCAGCAUCAGGGCCUGUUGGAGAGAACUUUGAGAUUACACUACCAGCGGUGGUAAUUUCACAUUGCCUUACAUCACCAUAACAAGUCAUAAAGGUCACACUGUAGUGUUUGUUUUUUCUUCUUUAGCUAUUUAAACAAAGUUGAGUCCUCUCCACCUCGCCUUCAUGAUGACCUGGUUGAAUGUUCAGGUUAUGCCUGUCUAUCAAAGUUGCGUGUUGACUUGUGUUUUAACCUGGGGGUCCUGUGUCUAUGUGCAGGCAUGUGCGUGUACCUCCGAUAUCUGAUUGUGCUUUAUUAUUGCACAUAAAUUACUCUUUUGUGGAACUUGAUUAGCCUGAAUACUUUUUGUAAAAAUUUGUACACUGAUACUAUUUACUGUAUAAAAGAGAAAAUGAAGGAAAAGAAAAGUUGUUUAUAAUAUGGUGUUGAUUAUUGUGCAAAUAUAUAUUCACAAUAAAAGUGUUGUAUUGUUAGGA